CCAAGAAAUCACCCCUCGACUACCACCGUCCACCAUCAACACCUCUCUCUCUCUCCUCUCCCCGGUGACCCCAACCUGAAAAUGGACGUUCGCCGGCGACUCACAACGCCACUCCACCAGGAGAAAUCCGCCGCCGGCGAACAUCUCAAACCCCACAAACUUCAGAAACAAACCUCCUCCAUGAAAGCCUCCGAUGCCCUUCCUCUUCCCCUUUACCUGACUAAUGGGUUCUUCUUGUCGUUGUUCUUUUCAGUCAUAUAUUUUCUUCUCCACCGGUGGCGUUUGAAGAUCCGUAACUCCACACCCCUCCAUGUCCUAACCUUCUCUGAGCUUGCCGCCCUGGCCGCAUUGUUUGCUUCGGUUAUCUAUCUUCUGGGCUUUUUCGGAAUAGGGUUUGUUCAAUCUUUCAUUACCAGAACACCCCAUGAAAAUUGGGAUGUAGAGGAUGAUGAAAACAUUGAAAAUUUCAUGCUGAAGGAGGACAGUCGCCGCGGCCCAUGCGCCGCCGCAACGACAAUUGGCUGUGCCAUCCCUCCUCAACCCCAGGUUGUUCCCAUGGUUCCUCCGGCGACAAAGGUGGCGACGGAGGUUGUGGAAAACCUAGUUGCACAGCCGACCGAGGAGGACGAACAGAUUAUCAAGUCGGUGGUGGCCGGAACAACUCCGUCGUACUCCUUGGAAUCAAAACUAGGAGACUGCAAAAGAGCAGCUGCAAUACGAAGAGAAGCAUUGCAGCGACUCACCGGAAAAUUCUUGACGGGGCUACCAUUGGAGGGUUUUGACUACGAGUCAAUCCUCGGUCAGUGCUGUGAAAUGCCCGUGGGGUACGUGCAAAUUCCAGUGGGUAUUGCCGGGCCGUUGUUGCUCGACGGGAGGGAGUACUCGGUGCCGAUGGCGACAACGGAGGGGUGUCUGGUGGCGAGCACCAACAGGGGUUGCAAAGCCAUCUAUGCCUCCGGUGGCGCCGUCAGCGUGCUUCUGAGGGACGCCAUGACCAGAGCUCCCGUCGUCAGGUUCGCCACCGCCCAGAGGGCCGCCGAGUUGAAAUUCUUCUUGGAGGAUCCCAUGAAUUCCGACACCCUCGCCGUUGUUUUCAACAAAUCGAGCAGAUUUGCAAAGUUACAAGGCAUACAUUGUGCAAUAGCAGGGAAGAACCUGUACAUAAGAUUUAGCUGCAGCACUGGUGAUGCAAUGGGAAUGAACAUGGUCUCCAAAGGGGUUCAGAAUGUCCUCGAUUUCCUUCAGAAUGAUUUCCCUGACAUGGAUGUCAUCGGCAUCUCUGGAAAUUAUUGCUCAGACAAAAAGCCAGCAGCAGUGAACUGGAUAGAAGGGAGAGGCAAGUCGGUGGUGUGCGAGGCAAUCAUCAGAGAAGAGGUGGUGAAGAAGGUGUUGAAGACCAAUGUGGCCGCCUUGGUCGAACUCAACAUGCUUAAAAACCUCACAGGCUCAGCCGUGGCCGGUGCUCUCGGUGGCUUCAACGCCCACGCCAGCAACAUUGUCUCCGCCGUGUACUUGGCCACCGGCCAAGACCCGGCUCAAAAUGUGGAGAGCUCUCACUGCAUCACCAUGAUGGAAGCUGUCAACGACGGCAAGGACCUUCAUGUCUCUGUCACCAUGCCUUCCAUUGAGGUGGGUACAGUUGGGGGUGGAACUCAGCUAGCAUCUCAAUCAGCUUGCCUAAACCUACUUGGAGUGAAGGGUGCAAACAAGGAUUCACCAGGGUCAAACUCAAGGCUGUUGGCCACCAUUGUAGCUGGUUCUGUUCUUGCUGGUGAAAUAUCUCUAAUGUCUGCCAUUGCAGCUGGGCAGCUUGUGAAAAGUCACAUGAAGUACAACAGAUCAAGCAAAGAUAUCACCAAGGUAGCCUCCUAAGAGGAACAAACAGACUAGACCACCAUAGCAAUAAAAUCCCCAUGAAGGAGCUUUGGAAAGGGGCCGGGUGGGUGGGAUAGUCGGGAUGUAUCGCUUUAGAUCUCCUUUGAUACAUUUUUUUUUUAAAUUUUCUCUCCCUUAGAUUACUUUUCAUGAAUUCAAGUGAAACUAGAACUAUAUUAUUGGAUCUCUCAUCGAUACACCAUGGAUAAUGUCCCAUUGAGAAAAAUAAUAUCGAAGGAGAACUAAGUCCGACAAGGGUCUGGGAGGUAAGACAAGGACAGGCCAUGCAUGGGAGAAGUAAAAAUACAAUCCAAAGAAAGACUGUUGUGUAUGCUUUUGGGUAACGAGCCAUGUGAGGCAGGGUGUGAGAGACUGCACUUGCUGUGAGGUGUUUGGAAGGAGGGUAGGUGGCUAUACCAUGGGGUUCUGUGUACUAUCUUUCAUCUGUAUUAUCUUUCAUUUGUUGUUCAAAAGUUACUUUUGUCACUCUGUAAAUGAGAAUGGUUUUACUUCGAAAAUUGCAUGCAACACCUAACCUGUCCAUGCACCACAUGAAUCCAUGCAUUGUAAAAAGG